AUGAAUGAUCGUUACACUGGUAAUGUUACAAAUCUUGAUUAUGAGAAUGUAUCAGAAAAUGAUUCCAUAAAUAUUUUGGAUGACCAGUUCAAAAAUUGUAUGGAAAUUCUUAUUGCUCAAUGUAUCGGUGCUAUUCCAAAGAAUUAUUCCAUAGAAUAUCAACGAUUAUCAGCUUAUGCUUAUUAUCCACCGUUAAAUGCUCAACAACUUCAUAAACUUGCAAUUGAAAAUAUUACAUCUGAUGAAAUAGAACGUCGUAUAAAUGAAGAAGUUUAUAAACAAUUAGAAUUCAGUUUUGAAAAGACAAUGAUUCAUUGGAAUUCAAUUGUUCAAACAACAGCUAAACGAUAUGUAUCAAAUUCUGUUGAAAAAGCUGUGGAAACAAUACGAAGAGCAUUAUUAGAAAAUAUUAAUCAAGAAAAUCAAAAUACAAAUAUAAUUGUUCAACGUUUUAUAUUAGAUAAUAAUCAAUUAAAACUUGUCUAG